UUUUUAAAGCUUUUUUAGCCUAUUACUUGUAAACAUUUACAGCAUUCAUUAAAACCAAGUUUGGGCUCCCUGUUUAUCCUCAGCCUUUCAGCACAGGCAGCCCAAUUCAGUAAUAAUUCUUAAAAGUUCUUAACUUUUUAUGUUAAAAAUAGAUACGAACAAUUCUUGAAAUUAUUUUUAUGAUAAAAUUUGAAGGCGACUCUAUAAAACUAAAGAUAAAUUUAUUUUGAUAAGGUUUCAUCAUCUUAAUUUUACCACGAAAAAGCCCGUUUGGGUAGCCUGUGGCAUUUAGGGGAACAAUGGCCAUUUGUAUCAAAAUAUGAAAUUUAAACAACUUUUAAUUGCAUAACUCUUUCUAAAAAUCAUGAUAUUUUGUGCAUAGAAUAAUGUCUGACUUAGACGUUAAUGUCGACGAGAAUAUCGCUCGACAACUGGAAGAAAUCGAAGCUCUCAAAGCAAUUUAUGGCGAAGAUUUUUAUUCCACAGAUUCAGAUAGCAAAACGUGUGAAAUGUUGAUAAAAAACGAGUUCAGUUCUAAAUUUUCCGUUUCUCUUCGCAUCGUUCUUCCUAUUGAUUAUCCCAGUAAUGGAGAGCCUGUGUUAGAGAUCGUCUCUUCGUGGAUGACUGCUAAAGAUUACGAAGAAAUUACUGAAUGUUUUCAAGAGAUUUUUAUGGAAAAUGUUGGGGAGAUUUUGUUAUUCCAGUGUAUUGAGAGGUUGAGGGAGUUUGUAAAGGGGAAAACAGCCGAAAGACAAGAACUGGAAGAAAGUGCUUUUAGUGUUGCAGAUGUGGAACCAAGUACAAAUGGAGAACUGGAUAUUGCUGAAACAAUGAAAAGCUUCAAUCUUCUCGAUUGUAAUGAUGAUAAUGAUGAUGAGGAUAAUGAUGAUGAUGAUGAUAAUGAUGAUGAUGAUGAUAAUGAUGAUGAUGAUGAUGAUGAUGAAUUGAAUAACAUUGAAAUAAUGCAUGGAGAACCAAUGAGUGAUCGCAAAAGCACAUUCCAAGCCCAUCUUGCUUCUAUCUCAUCUCGUAAUCAAGCUCUUCAAGUUUUGGCUGAGUUAAAGAAAAAUCGGAAAAUAGCAAAUGCUACACACAAUGUAAUUGCAUACAGGAUAUAUAACGAAGAAAAGAAUGCUUAUAUUCAAGAUUGUGAUGAUGAUGGUGAGAAUGCCGCAGGGUCGAGACUCUUGCACUUACUGCAAAUAACUGGCGCACAAAAUGUUAUCGUGGUAGUUACUCGUUGGUAUGGCGGCUUAAUGUUAGGACCUGAUAGAUUUAAGCAUUAUAAUAACUGCGCAAGAAACUUACUGCAAACCGCUGGACUGGUUGAGAAUAAAGGAAUGACAGAUCAAAAGGAUUCAAAGGGAAAGAGUAAAACAAGAGUUAAAAAAUACAAAUAA